CAAGGAGUCGAUAUGCUGUGAACAGCUCUGGUGACACCACAGAAGAUCAAGAUGGGGACUCCAGAGACCAAUGUCCUCUAACUGAUGAGCAAUUGGUUUCGGGGUUUUCGGAUGUCAUCCUGGCAACAAUUUUGGCUACCAAGUCAGAUAUGUGUGGCAAAAAGUUUGAACUGAAGAUUGAUAAUGUUCGCUUUGUUGGCCAUCCCACGUUGCUUCAGCAUGCCCUUGGGCAGGUGUCCAAAACUGAUCCCUCACCAAAGAGAGAGAUGCCCACUAUGAUUCUCUUCAACGUGGUGUUUGCACUAAGGGCCAAUGCAGAUCCAUCCGUGAUAAACUGCUUACACAACCUCUCCCGAAGAAUCGCCAUAGUCUUGCAGCACGAGGAGCGCCGCUGCCAAUACCUGACCAGGGAGGCCAAGCUGAUCUUAGCUAUUCAGGAUGAAGUGUCUGCCAUGUCAGAAACCACAGAAGGGCCACAGUCACCUUUUCAUCACAUCCUACCCAAGUGCAAACUGGCCAGAGAUCUCAAAGAGACAUAUGACAGUCUCUGCACGACAGGGGUGGUCCGUUUACAUAUCAACAACUGGCUGGAAGUGAGUUUCUGCCUGCCUCAUAAAAUCCAUUAUGUUGCCACAAACUUUAUACCCCCUGAAGCAAUUGAGAGAAGCCUGAAAUCUAUCAGGCCUUACCAUGCCUUAUUACUUUUAAAUGAUGAGAAGUCAUUGCUUAAUGAGCUCCCAUUGGACUGCUCUCCUGCCCUGGUGAGAGUAAUUAAAACUACCUCUGCUGUGAAGAAUUUGCAGCAACUGGCUCAAGAUGCUGACUUGGCAUUGCUGCAGGUUUUCCAGCUUGCUGCACAUCUCGUUUACUGGGGAAAGGCAAUUAUUAUUUAUCCGCUGUGUGAAAACAAUGUCUACAUGCUUUCUCCAAACGCCAGUGUCUGUCUUUAUUCUCCAUUAGCAGAUGCGUUUUCUUGUCAGUUCCGGGGCCACAACCUGCCGUCGAUGCUUUCCAAGUUCUCCCUCCCAGUGUCGCUCUCGGAGUUCAAGAAUCCGCUCGCGCCGCCUGUUCAGGAGACUCAGCUCAUUCAAAUGGUGAUAUGGAUGCUCCAACACCGGCUUCUUAUUCAGCUUCACACUUACGUCUGUCUGAUGGUGCCACCAAACGAGGAGGAUUUCCGAGCCCAAGAUGAAGACAUGCCCUUUACUGCCAGAGUUGGGGGCCGAAGUUUAAGCACCCCCAAUGCUCUCAGCUUUGGCUCUCCAACUAGUAGUGAUGACAUGACUCUGACAAGCCCUAGCAUGGAUAAUUCCAGUGCUGAGUUGAUACCUGGUGGGGACUCACCCCUAAAUAAAAGGAUGACAGAGAAUCUCCUAGCAAGCUUGUUGGAACAUGAGCGGGAAGCUAUCCUUAAUGUCCCUGCUGCCCAAAAUCCAGAAGAUCUUCGCAUGUUUGCAAGGCUGCUGCACUAUUUCCGAGGCCGACACCAUUUGGAGGAGAUCAUGUACAACGAGAACAUGCGUCGCUCCCAGCUCCUGAUGCUGUUUGACAAAUUCCGCAGCGUGCUGGUGGUGACCAGCCACGAGGACCCCGUGAUUUCAGUUUUUCAGUCUCUCUUAAAGUGACCCUACUGGCAAAGGAAGGGAACCUGCUACACUCUCCAUACUGAUAGUCUACAAGAUGUCUAAAAACUAAAGGAGGCCAUUUCAAUUCCUUCUUGCCAUGUGACAUAGAGCAGUUUCUCCCCCUCCGUGCCUCAAUUUCCCAUCUGCUUCCUGUGGUGACAGCCGAGGACAGUCUGUGCGAGGGCUCUGGGGCCUGCUGCAGGACAGCGUGCGCUUGCUCAGCCUGGAUUCCUGCCGCACCAUGUUCACAGCACGGGAACUGCCGGCGCACAGCCCUUCCCUGACCCUGCUUUCUCCCCAGGGCUUCCGAGAGUGGGCCAAGAAGAUUUCCACUGCAGUGUUACUGACAGUCACCUUUGGGUGGACGCUGGUGCACCAGAACUGCUUUCUCCGCUCUCCAACAUGACUGCUGGGUCAUUCAGCCGCGAGCACCGUUUGUGAGCAGCCUGUCCCUACGGCAGAGCGCGCAUGGGCUCUGCUCAAGGGCAGAGUGGAGUUGGCCUGGCUUUUAGGGAAAUGUCCCUGGGCCCCGAGGAAUUCUGUUUGAUCAUCAUUAUCUGGCAGCAGUGAGGACAUAGGUAGAAAGGCAAAGUAUCACAAGUAAACCGUUUCAUGAGUAAG